UCUAGAUAUUAUUCUUAUUUUUUCUUAUUAGAAGAAGGAGAGAACAAUACCUAUAAAUCACUUCUGAUUCUUUCCUCUGCAACUCUUUAAUUCCUUGUCUCUCUCCUUCUUCUCUCUGGAAGAUUUUUCGUUAUGGAUUUCCAAAUCCAUGGCGUUGUUUCUAAAACUAUAUUCUCUGUUCUUACAUUCCUCUCCGUUAUAGGAACAAUCUAUGCAAGUACAUUACCAGUAAAUUCAUCAAGUGGUGUUCAGAUUAAUUCGAAUUCAGUUCUCGUUGCACUUCUAGACUCUCAUUAUACUGAACUCUCUGAAUUGGUUGAGAAAGCUUUGUUGUUACAGACAUUAGAAGAAGCUGUUGGUAAACACAAUAUCACCAUCUUCGCACCAAGAAAUGAAGCAUUAGAGAGAGAUCUUGAUCCUGAAUUCAAACGAUUCUUACUCGAACCUGGUAACAUCAAAUCUCUUCAGAAACUGUUGAUGUUUCAUAUCACCCCUAGUCGAAUCGGAUCGUCCGAGUGGCCUUCUUCGUCUGUUAAAGAGUCAACUAGGCAUCGAACUCUCUCCACUCAUGAACAUCUCAAUUUAUUCACGAGGAAAGAUUCAACCAAGAAAGUCGAUCGUGCCGUGGUAAUUCAUCCCGAUGUUAUAAUUCGUCCAGACGGUGUCAUUCACGGAAUUGAAAGGCUAUUAAUUCCACGAUCCGUACAAGAGGAUUUUAACCGUCGUCGUAGUCUGCGUUCAAUAUCGGCAGUCAUACCAGAGGGGGCGCCAGAAAUUGAUCCAAGAACAAACCGGUUGAAGAAAAAAGCAGCACCAGUCCCAGCCGGUUCACCACCGGCUUUACCGAUUUCAUACGCAAUGGCUCCAGGUCCAUCACUAGCACCAGCUCCAGCACCGGGCCCAGGAGGACCACGCCACCAUUUCGAUGGGCACAGUCAGGUUAAAGAUUUUAUUCACACUCUAUUGCACUACGGAGGUUAUAAUGAAAUGGCUGAUAUCCUUGUAAACUUAACUUCAUUAGCAACUGAGAUGGGUAAAUUAGUAUCAGAAGGUUAUGUGAUUACGGUAUUAGCACCUAACGACGAAGCCAUGUCGAGAUUAACAACAGAUCAAUUGAGUGAACCUGGUGCACCAGAACAGAUAAUGUAUUAUCACAUAAUACCCGAAUAUCAAACUGAGGAGAGUAUGUAUAAUGCCGUGAGAAGAUUUGGGAAAGUGAAAUAUGAUACUUUGAGAUUGCCUCACAAAGUCGUUGCUCAAGAAGCUGACGGGUCUGUUAAAUUUGGGAAUGGUGAUGAAUCUGCUUAUCUGUUUGAUCCUGAUAUCUUCACUGACGGUAGAAUUUCAGUUCAAGGUAUUGAUGGGGUCCUAUUUCCUCCUGAUGAUAAAGAAAAUCAACCAAAACCCGAAACUGAAAAGGCUGUUCAGUCUACCAGUAAAAAGACUUCAGUCAAGCCAAGAAGAGGGAAAUUGUUGGAAGUAGGUUGCGGGAUUCUAUCGGCAUUCGGCACCAACUGCAAGUAAAAUCACCAAAAGCAACAUUUCUCGAAGAGCAAGAGUUGCAUCGAAGAAUCCAAGAUACACUAAAAGCUAGCGAUAAAGAAAAGAGUGUACAAAUUGUGUCCUGCCCACCAUCCUACCCGAAUAAUUGGGUGUUUUAGUGGGGUUCUACGAAUUUACAUAUUUUGGAUUUUCACUUUUUGCGUCAAUUCUUGUACGUAGAUACUACAGUGGUGUGGAGGUAAACAUCAAUGGACAAUUGAUACUUGGGAGUGAUGGAGGGAAAGGAAUAGAGGUUAGGGUUUUCAUUAGUUGUUAUUAGUAGUCAUGUGAAGGAGAAAAUAGUACAACAACACACCCCAUGUUUAUUAUUUUCACUCAUAUUUUGUGUGUAGAUAAAUGGUAAUUUAUAAGAAAUUAUUGUGUUCUUACUACUUGUAGAACUGUUUGUGAGAAUCUUUAAGUUUUUGAACUGAUUGCUUGGGGUAUUCGGGGAAAGAGAGACAGUUUGCUGUGUGUGUGUGUGAGGCUUUUAUUUGUUUAUUUUGAGUGUGUGCAUGCAUGUAAUCAAUAAGGAAGGUGUCAGUCAGUUUUUGGCCAGUUCUUUCACGUGGACUGAAGUUUCUUCUUUCA